UAAAUGAAUGUACUAAGUUAUUAAGAAAGAAUAAAUUUACUUGCGAAACAAGCAAAUUGAACGAUAAUAAUGAAAUGUCCUGAAUUCAGGCGCUCAAGUUAUUUCUAAUUUAAAUGAAUCGAAGACAAAGUUUAGAAAAAGGUAUUUUGUCUCCUCCGGGUACGUUUUUGACACCCAGUCCAUCUCCAUCAGUUCAGCAUAGUCCACGUCUGCAAUCGUCACCUUCGCAAUCACCAUUUCAGCAAGAUGUAUUGCUCGUCACGAAUAAUAGUCAGCACUUUAUCAACACUUUCAAUACGACUCAGGAGCAAGAUCGAAAGUCAGGAACACCAAAUCGGAGAUUAUCCUUAAACCAUCUAAAUUCCAACACAGGAACUAUCGUUUAUCGCCCAUCCCCGUCACAAUCUCCGGCAAGCUUAACAUCUUCAUCAACAAUUAUUGGAAAUGAGUUUAACACGACUUUAGUAGGAUCAAAUAAUAUAUCACUCAACAGCAAGAAAUCAAAGCGGACGCCGCAAAAUAACACAAACCAAUAUGUUGGAUCAGCAAGCACGUGCAGUCCGAAAGCGUCGAAAAAAACGAUGGGUUUAUUGGGGAGUCCAACGGCCAGUCCCAGUCCGAGUCCUACGCUAAAUUCACAACAGAUUGUACAGCCAUUUCCGAUAUUGAAUGCAAACAAUUCCAUCGUUUUCAUGCAACAACCAUCACAAUCACAACGUCAUUCAAUUUUACAGACGUCGAAUAAUCAAAGCAAUGUCUAUUCUCAUUCAAACAACUCGCUAAGUGGAAGCGUCAAGCAAAAUAAAACUCCACAGCAGAUCUUGCCGAAGCCUACGGUCUCAUCAACAUCAACCGGAUCUAACUCGUCAAUUAUAUCAGGAUCGGGAAACUCAAGCAUUAUGACAAGCGCGACGAGCACUAAGCAAAUUGUUACACAAUCAAAAAUGGCAAUUCUUCAUCAAUCUGGACAAGGUCAAAGCUUUCAAUCUCCGCCUCACCAAAGUCAAACAUUGAUAACAAGUAGUCCUGUUGGAAAUAGUUCGUCACCAAGUCCACAGCCGCAUCAAGUGAGCCAAAGUGGUUCAAUAAUUCUACCAUCAGGGGCGCAGCCUCUGCUUUUGAAUCAGAUGCCUGUGCUGGUACAACAAAACACCCCACAAGGUGUUCAGCUGAUCCUACGACCACCUUCAGCACCUCAAUUAGCAACACCCAGUUUGGUGAUUCAUAACCGUCCAUCACCUAUUCAACAACAUCAACCACAACAAUUACUCCGAAUUUUAAACACAAAUGGUGCGAUGCAAUUGGCAACUGCAACAGCAACGCCGACUUUUAUUGUCUCUUCACAGGCAAAUCUCAUUCAUCAGAAUCUUCAAACAAUUAAAACACCAACUUCUGCUACAACGCAGAUAAGUCAACCACAACUGAUUCAUCAGUCACAACAGCAAACGGUUGGCCAAAGGCAGCAGCCCCAACAGAUAUUAAAUAGUCACAUGUUAGGUCAAAGUGUCGCUCAAAUACAAAAUCUCCAGAUUAAUGGAAAUCUUACCCAAAUACAAAUGUCCAAUGGACUCAAUAGUCAAUUUAUUCAGCAACUCCCAGCCCAGUUCCAACAAAAUAUUGGCCCUUUCAACCAUAUUCAACCAAUUGGCUCACAAUUGACGGCUGCGUUUCAAUCUCCAUCACAUACUUCAACCCAGAACGAAAUUGUCCCUACCGCAGUGAUACCAACGUCGACUGGCACUCAUAUGCAGUUUGCAACAAGUCAACAGAAUACGAUUUCACUAACAUCACAAGGAAAUGAAAUGAUAUCUCCCGUGGCUACACCACAACCACAAAUUAUUCAAACUGAACACUCAAUGAUGUCAAUGUCUCCACCUAAUUCGAUAGCAUUUAAUCCUCAACCUCAAACAGCUGUGAUUUUGACGAAUGAUAAGACAAUUCAUGAUAUUCCAACAUCAUCACAACAAACAACGUUGAAUUAUCCAAUCAUUCAUCAUCAAUCGGAAGUGAUGACUUUAGAUGUUAGUCAACAUCAUCAAGAGAAUAAUCUUAUUGUGACAACGAAACCAACCAGAAAAACAAAGAAAUCUAAGAAGCAAAAAAUGUUAGAUCAACAAAAUCAACAACAACAGCCUCAGCUUGAUCAGCAGAGUAAUACACAAAGAUCAGAAAUUAUAAUGUCACCAGCAAGAAACAGUCAAGUGCCAACUGGUAAAUUAGAUUUGGCAAAUGUUAUAAAAUUAUGUGGAAUAAUGGAGGAUGAUGACUUUAUGGAUACAGAAGAAACUCCUCAGCAGAUUGAAAAUGUUGAAAAUAAAAUUGUUGAUCAAAGACAAGGAAUGACUUUACAGUCAACACCAGAUGUAAAUGUUGGUGAAAAUAAUCAAACAGAUAUUAUGAUAACAUUUCCUGGAGGUUCAUCCGAUCAACCUUUCACUUUUACAAUUCCUUCGUCAUCUCUUGAAAACUCAGAUGCAAUGCAAAAUGACAACGGGAAAUUGAAUCAGAAUAAUUUACCAUUUAUGAUAAGAUUUGAUACUUCAGACGUUCAAAAUAUUGGCCAACCAUACACCAUCUCAAUUCCAAGCAAUUUCACUGAAAGUCAUCAAAGUUUAGAUGAUAAUAAAAUGGUGGAAUCUGCUGCGUCUGUUCCAAUCUCUAUUUCAACAAAUAAUGUCUCGUCAGCAAUGUGCGUUCCAACAUUUGUGAAUUCUGUUUUGAGUACAUCCGUGACUCCAACAAUUCAAAGUCAAAUUAAUGAAAUACAAAAUCAACUGAUGGCAUUGCCUCCGGUGGCAACAGGUACAAAAGUUGUAGCAGCGAAAGCACAACGACAAAGGAAACAAUCAUCAAAGAAGAGUAAAAAGCAAUUAGAAAAAACGAUUGAAGUACCAACUCAAAUCGGAAAUAUUCAAAUAUCACAAAUUGAUAGUUCGGCUGUUAAGAGUAGUUCAACUAUUGGAAAUAAGAAUAUAAACAAUCAGAUCCAAAUUAUGCCGAUUCUUGAUAAGAGUCAUCAUGCCUCAUCAUCAGCUUAUGAUGGGAAGCAUAGUCAAGUUGCAGAGAAACAUAAAGUUCAAGUUCCGAUAAUACAACAAACUAUUUCCAAUCCUAAUAAUAAUAAUUCAAAUCAACAACAGAAUAAUCAGCAUCGUGAUCAUCAUCAUCAUCAUCAUCACCAUCAAAGUUCUGCUAAUGCUCAAUCGAAUUCAGGACCAUCUCAAGUAAAUAUUAAUGUUCAGCAAAACCAGUUGAUUAAUGUUACGAAUAAUUUGCAAAUGCAAGUUAUUGCUAAUCCUCAACAACACACUUCGGGAGCUACACCAGCUCAUGCACCACCACCACCAUCAGCUGCAUCAACAUCAUCUGCUGCGUCAUCUUCAUCAGCAUCAUCUUCUUCUGUGUCAUCUGGUGGUGCUCAUCAAAAUCACAACAAUGUUGCUACAUCACAAUCUUUAAGUACCCAAAAUCUUAUUGGAAAUAUUAUAAAUGCUCAACAACAACAGCAACAACCACAAACAGGAAAUAUUAUAAUCCAAGGUGGAGCAUUUAAUAAUCAACAACAAUCAAAUUUACCUGCAAGCAUUCAAGUAAAUAUUCAAAAUCAAACCAUCGCCAAUAAUAUCAUCACAACGGCACCUGUAAAUCAAAGUCACAUUACAAAUAAUAAUCAGCAACAACAUUUGCAGCCAACUGCUCAAAAUAUUCUCUCACAACUAACUGGAAAUCUUGUACUUUCACUAUCAGAAGAUGGACGUCUGAUACUUCGUCAUGAUCCAAAUAUCCCUCAAGAUGCUCAAUCACAAAUGAUUUUACAAACAAUCUUAACUGCACCGCAAAUAUUCAACAAUGUAAUUCAAACUCAUUCGAUGCCCACAAGUCAUGUCAUACAAAGUAAUCCUCAACAACAUACGGUAGGAAAGAUUGAAAGAACUAAUCCGCAAAAUCAUUCACAAAAUGUUGUUCUUCAGAAUCCAAACAUAUUAAAGUUUGUGGAAUUGCCAAAAAUACAACCAAACCAACAAUUGUUCUCUUUAAAUACAAUCACCAAUGAGAUAACCCAAUUGAAUCCUAAUCAAACAACAGCAGCGUUGAGUCCAAUGGAGAGACUUCUUAUUGUUCCAAGUGGCAUAAAUGCUCAACAAUUAGCUCAAUGUCUCUCACAGGGCCAGAUUCAUUUCAAUAAUAUUGGACAAGCUCCGUCAACAGAUCUUAAUAAAGGACAACAGAAGCAACAACAGCAGCAACUGAAAACUUCUGGCAUUUCAAAAGUUUUCAAUAGCAAUCAGACAGUUAAAAAAGAGCCUCUUGAACAGAAAAUAAAAAAGAGUCGAGGAAAGAAAGCGAAAUUGUUGGAAGAGAAAAUUAAAAACGACAUAAUGAUAAAAAAGGAGUCGACAAGCUUUCAAGUUCAGAGCCCGCCACCAAUGAAAGCAAUAACAACUUGUGAUGACACGAAAGUUAUUGUCAAAACCAAUACAAUUCCAACGUCCACUGUUACCACAACAACAAUGAACUCGAACGGGAAGAAUACUAUAACUAUUUCACCAAAUCCAUCUUUAAUGAUGUCUGCAACAACUAAAAUGAAUGCUACAAAAUCUUCGCCGUAUGGGGGAAAUAUUCAGAAGAAUAACACGAAGCAUCAAAGUUCUAUCUCAGUUAUACCAGCAACAUCCGCAACAUCUUCCUCAUUGAUGCGACCAAACCUAACAAAAACGGAAAAAAUUAAAUUAACGUUGGCUCCCCAGCUAAGUCCCUUAACGCAACAACAACAGCAACAAGCAAUCCCACCUCCACUUGUGAGUGUUAAUCAGGCGCCAAUGCCUAGAGUUCAAACGAUCCAGUUGACACCACAAAAGCAGCAAAGUUUAAAAAAUAUUCAAAUGCAAAUUCAACAGUUGUCAGCGAAACUGCAAAAUAAAAAUUUACUUGGAACACUAACAGCUGAUGUCGAUCCCAACAGUCCAGUUCAUAAUAAUCCACUGCCAGUGUUAAAUAAUAUUAAUGCAAUGUCCGAUGGUGAUAUUUAUAAUGCACUUCAACGACUAUUUGUGGAACAACAAAAGAUUUUGGCUACAGGAAAAAUUAUUCCCACGAUUCCUGCAGCUUCUUCAUCUCAGGUUGUCAGCAAUACUACAAAUAUAGGUAGUCGUGUUAUUAGCGGAGUGAAUAGUAGUCAACAGAAUGUUGUUCCUAUUACAACUAUAUCAUCUAUUGGAAGUUCUUCACAAUUUAGCAAUAUUUCUCAAAAGCUUCAUACAGCUUCUAUUGUUAAACAAGAACCUAUUACAACUUUGUCUAAUUUACAACAACCACCGCCAUUAGUUGUGUCGUCACCAGUACAAGUUCAAGUUAAGACGGAAUUAGCGUUGUCUCCAACACCAACAACAACAACCACUGCAUCAUCUUUGACUGGAUCCAUUGUGAUAUCACCGAAAUAUUCAACAAAUUGUAUUAAAAACUCUUCAGAGUCUUAUCAACAGAAAGAAUUGAAUUUGCCGAAGGAAUGCAAAAAGGAAGACGACCUCAAUUCAGUUACAUCCGACAAUAAUAUGAACUCAACAGUCUCAGAAAAGCUGUCAACAUCAACAACAUCAGUAUCAACAGCAGAAAAUCAAAAUAAGAAUGCAUUAGCCAUUGAAGCAAACCGUGUAAUGAAAGUAACACGUUCAUCAUUAUUUGAGCGACAAAUUUUCGUUGAUCAAGAAGGAUGCGUACGACCAGAUUAUAACACUGAUUUUAUAAGUAAAAAUAAUGCAGUGAAACGUUUGAUUAGAUAUCAUUGCUUGUAUGAAGAAGUUAAAGAUGAAUACGACUCAAAAGAGGAAUAUGAGUUUGAGGAGCAGGCGAAAAUGUUCUUAAAUAGUUACAAAGAAAUGCAAAAGAAAUACAAAACUUUACUUCUAAAACAAUCACAACAAAACGCUCCUACAUCAGAAUUGAUGAUGCUUGAUCGUCUGCGUGUAGCUGAUUUGAAAGAUGAGAUUGUAUCAAUGCAAGCUGAUUUGAAUACAUCUUUGUUUGAUUAUCAACAACAUCAUGAAAGGGUUGCAGUUAAGAAUGAAAUGUCGAUUGCAGAUCCUACACAGUCAUCAUCAAAUACGGCAACUAUCGUUAAUCAUCAUUCAACGCAAGUUGAACACAUCAUUUCUACAAGCAAAAAUGAAUCAUCAUCAAACCAAUUACUUGCAACAGCAUCAAAUCAUCAAAACGCACAAAAGUACGUCCAUAAUCCAAAUUCGCAUAAUGUUGCAAUCAUGCAAGAGCCAAGUCAAAUUUUAAAGGCAAAACAUGAGCAAAAACUGCUAGAAACAAUUAAAAAUGAAAAGAUGGUGAAAAUUGAACCUCCUUUUGAUGUUCAAAGGAAAAAUUCGAAAGUUAAUCCUGCAAGCAAUGGUUUUUCAACCAACUCAACAACAACUUGCAAUCAUCCAUCAUCAUUAUUAUCUCAAAUAUCACCAAAUGGGUCUUUGCAACAGCAGCAACAUAUACAAAUCAUCUCUGAUAUAGCACCAUCAUCAUCAUCAACGACAAUAUCAACAUUCAGUCAUGGCAGUAAAACAAAUCAUAAUUGGCAUAGCAAGAUCCAAAAUAAGCAGCAACAAACACAACAUCAAAUGGAGCCAAUCAAAAAUGAGAAUACUGGUGAUACUUCUACUUAUGAUGAAUGGUUAGUAAUUCAGAAAGAAUUGAAUAUGCAUUUAGUUCAACCGUCAACGAGUACUGGUAGUAAUCGUAGUUGUAAUAAGAAAGAAACGGCAACGAAAUGCCCUAAAGACGUUCUUUCGAAAACCAUUGAAUCGGAUUUGUCAGACAUAUUUGAGCAGAAUGCGAGUCCAAAAAGUGUUGAGAAGCAAUUGGAUGAUCUUUUCAGUUCCACAAAUAAAUCCAGUGAUUUGUUAGCAGCUUCUUCUCCACUAUCUGACUAUUUCCAUGUCGAUACAUCACAUCUUGGGGAAAAAACUGUAGAGAAUCGUCUAGAAGCUUUAUUUCGUGAGACUGAUGUCAUUAAUACAUCACCAAAGUUAUCAAACGCACAAGAUCUUGUUGAGACUCGUUUGGAGCAACUCUUCCAAGGAUCUGUCGCAGAGAAUGACGAGUCAGCUUUGGAUAAUGCAAGUUUCCUAUAUAAGAAUGCUGAAAUGACAUACGAAAUGAUUCAAAAGCAAGUUCACAUAUCAACAUCUUCAAGCGAAACUUCAAAUACGAACGCUUCGAAUGUCAACAAAAGACAGUGGUCGGGUAAUUGUGAUAUUUAUACACCAACUAGCACUUCUAUGCUCUUUACUCCAUCAUCUUCAACAUCAACAUCGUCGACAUCAAUGUCGAAACGCGCUUGUACUGCUCCCACAAAUGUUUCCUUCGACAAUAAAUGGAUUGACGAGAGCUUUGAUUUUGCAUCGGAAAUUAUUUCAACUGAAUCAACUAUUGAUGAGAGCAUAAAAAAUCGAAGUUGGAAUAAUGGUGAAAUAGAUCAUAGAUCUGAAGCAAUGAUCAGUGGAAUUCAAUCACCUCAUCAACAAAAUCAAUAUCACUUAGAAGCAAAUGAUUUGAUCACACAUCAACAACAACAACAUUCUCGUCACACAAUUGAUCAGCAACAACAUCAACAUCAAAUUCAACAUCCAAUAACAACAAUUAUAAAUCGACAGGAGAAUCACAUCGAGAAGAAUCUUAACUAUGAUGAAGUUGACGAUAUAAGUCGUCAAGUUCAGAAUGCAAUUGAUUCUAUUUUGAAUUUACAAAGUACUGAUCCUCUGCACUAUCAGCUUGACUCAUCAUUUUUAGAGCUAAAUACAAUAACAGCGCCAUCGGGAGCACCAAAUUCACCUGUACAACAGAUCUCACAAUCCCAUCUUAAUUUACUUCCACUGAAUCAUUUGAGUCAAUAUCAAUUGCAUAGAAAUGAUCACGACGAUAUGACGCAAGUUGGAUUUAGUAACAAACAGACGACAACGAAUUUAUCGAAGCGAAAAUAUUCACGAAUGGAUGAUAUUGGUGAUUGUUUAAUAGGCGGUACAAAUCUAGACGAUUCACCUUCAGCACUCACUAUCACUGAACCAACUGGUAGCGAAUCUUCAUCGACCAAUGUCGGAGAAUUUGUAAAUAGUCUUUUGAAUUGCGAAGAGAAAUCGAUUUCAUCUUGA